AAGUGCAAACCUUGGUAUUUCAGACAGAAUGUUGUUAAAACAGUUACAACUAGUUGUACUAUCCGGUCUACUGGCCGUCGUAUUGACGGAAGAAGAGAGUGGAGAGGGGGAGGGGAACUAUAAAAUCGAGGGUAAAUUAACCCCACCUGACGUUAAAAGUUUGAACUGGGUUUCUGAUGUUAGCAUAAUCCUGGACGGGGGGAAGAGAAGGACUUUUCUAAACGAAGACAACAGCUUCUCUAUACAGGGAGUAGGAUCUGGAAGCUAUCUACUGGAGGUAGAGCACCCAGACUACAUGUAUGAACCUGUGAGGGUCGACAUCAACUCCAAGGGGAAGCACAGGGCCCGUAAGAACAACCAGGUUCAGCCUAGUCAGGUUACUCAGCUACCGUAUCCUCUACGAAUGAAACCGCUAGGACGUUUCCGAUAUUUCCAGCAGCGUGAAGAGUGGAAGGUGACAGAUAUUCUCUUCAAUCCGAUGGUCAUGAUGAUGGUUCUACCCCUUCUCCUCGUCACAGUUCUACCCAAGAUGAUGCAGGACCCUGAUACAAAGAAGGAGAUGGAAGAGAUGCAGGCUAAGAUGAGUGUUCAGAAUCAAAUGCCCGAGGUUUCAGAGCUUUUUACAAACUUCUUCGGUGGCGGAGCUCAGCCGAAGAAAAAACCGGCGAUUCGUCGGAGAUAGUUUUCUGCUUCUAGCUGGACAAAUAUUUUAAUAUUUUCUUUAAUUUUUUAUUUUCCUUUAAACCAUUGCGAAUUUUGUGUUACAUUCAAGAAAUCGGGCAACCUAGUUCUUUGGGUAUUAUUGUUGGGUAAUAUCCAAAUUUGAUUAGUUGGUUAUAAUUAUCUUUCAAAUACUUCUAUGUUUAGUUACUCAAUAUUUUGUAUGUUUUUAGGUAUAAUGUAAUCUUUAUUAAUUGUUUCUAAACUUUUCAGUAAAUUCUAAUCUUUGUUGUAAUUAUUUGCACGAUGUAAUCAAGUACUUUUUUUUCGAUUAGGAUUAAACAGUUAACACUA